AUGAUUAAAGCAGCAUUUAACGUUCUUCUUGUCCUAGUGGCUAUCCAUUUAGCAAAUAGCCGCUCCAUUAAAGAUGAAUCCAUUCUAACAUCAGAUGGGAUGGAUCAAAGAAACCAAUCCAAAAUCCUUCAACUUGAUUAUCUUAGAACAACAACUGUGACUUGCGAGCCAACUUAUGGUUUCUUGCCUUGCACGACUGAGGUAUGGGGCCAGCUCUUCCUGGUAGUGGUAUACGAGUACCUGCUGUCCCUUUCAGCUCAGUGCAUUUCACAAGGAUCUGAACUUUUCCUUGAAACGUCUGGAACUGAUAAUAUAUUUAGUGCUAAUGUGUUUCAAAUGCUUGGAAUGUUUCCAGAAGUAAUAUUAGUUCUGGAAUUCUUUGUGAUAGAAGAUCCCAAUCUUUAUUACUAUAAUGUUCUAUGUGUGGCUGGAGUCUCAGGAACUGCAGAUACUGUUGAAUCAAUGGCAGAAAUGGGAAUGGGCUUACUUGCAGGAUCAGUAAUCAUGAACCUUACACUAAUCUGGGGUUCUGUUGUUGCUUUUGGCAGCUACAACCUUUCAGAGACUUCAACUUCAUCAAAUACUCAAAACCAAAAGAAAUUCAGUUUAACUGGUUAUGGUGUAAGCACAGAUGAUCAAACCAAGCAUACUGCAGGAAUCAUGCUUUUGUCCAUGAUCCCAUUUCUCUUGCUUCAACUAGCAAAAAUUCUGAAUUCUUCUUCAGCAACACGAAUAGUAGUCAUAGUUUCUCUAAUCAUAACACUCAUUUACCUGAUCGCUUACUGCACCUAUCAGGCAUUCACACCAUGGAUUAGAGAAAGAAGACUCGAGUAUUUGCUGCGCAAGUAUGUACAAAAUAACCUGCUACAAUCUCUCUGCACGUCGGACGGGAAGCCUAAUGAAACCAAUCUAAGAGAGCUAUUUCACAAGAUUGAUCAGAACAACGAUGCACAAAUAUCAGCUGCUGAACUGAGGGCAUUAAUAAAUGGGAUACAUAUACAACAGGUUGGCCUGACUGAGGAUGAUUUUGCGUCAAAAAUAAUGAAAGAGUUUGAUUUCUCUGGAGAUUCUAGUGUAAGUGAAACUGAUUUUGUUCAAGGGAUGUCAAAAUGGAUUAGGGAGGCUAAUGUCUCUGGGACUAAUCAAGGAAGUAAAACCAAGAAAAAAUCAUCUAGCACUGGCAGCAAUUCAAAGGGAACAACUGAAGAGCAGCAGAGCCUGGUGGCUAAAGGCCAGGACAAUAAGGAGACUGAUAAGAAUACUUGGUGGACUUAUGCUAAGGCAGCUCUUCUAAUUCUUUCUGGAACUGCUGUUACUUUUCUGCUUGCAACACCUCUAAUGCAAACUCUCCAAGAUUUCGCAACAGCUAUAAGCAUCCCCUCAUUCUUGGUAUCAUAUUUUGUAGUACCCUUGGCUUUGAGCUUCAAGCAGGCAUAUAGAGCAAUAACUUCUGCCAGAGAAAAGACACAAAAGGCAGUCUCUUUGACAUUUUCAGAGCUCUAUGGUGGAGUGUUCAUGAACAAUGUAAUGGGGUUGGCAACCUUCCUGGCACUUGUUUGCGUAAAAGAUUUGUCAUGGGAUGUAUCAGCUGAAAUCCUUACUGUUCUGAUUAUUUGCAGUGGAAUGGGUCUCUCUGCGACCUUCUCCACCAAAUUUCCAUUCUGGACAAGUAUCGUAGCAUAUGCUCUCUACCCCAUAUCUCUGGCUUUCAUUUAUGUUCUUACCAUUGUUCUUGGAUGGGGCUAA